AUGGUAUUCUCUAACUUCCUUUUAACUUUGUUUUUUUCUUGUUCUGUGAUUUCUCUUAUUGAUGCCAGCAGUAAUGGAAUCACAGUCGAUCUCCUUCAUCGCGAUUCUCCUCUUUCGCCUUUCUACAACCCCGAUAACACACUAUUCGACCGUCUAAAAAGUGCAUUCCAUCGUUCUUAUUCACGUAAAGCAUCCUUCAAUCCAACCUCAAUUUCAACAAAAACAAUCGAAGCCCCAAUCCAGUUGAAUUCUGGAGAAUACCUCAUGAAAAUCUCACUUGGAACACCAUCUUUCGAAACCCUAGCCAUUGCUGACACUGGCAGUGACCUACUUUGGACACAAUGUGCGCCUUGUACAGACUGUUACAAACAAAUUCCACCACUUUUUGACCCCAAAAACUCGACGUCAUACAGGGAUGUAUCUUGUCAAUCUCAGCUAUGUGCUGCUGUUGGAAGUUCAAGUUGUGACAGUCAAAAUGUCUGUCAAUAUUCAGUUUCUUAUGGUGACAGUUCUUACAGUAAUGGAGAUUUAGCAGCAGAUACUUUGAGUCUUCAAUCUAGUACUGGGAAAUCAGUGUCUUUUCCUAAGACCGUGUUUGGCUGUGGCCAUGAAAAUGGUGGCACUUUCAAGGAACCGGGGUCUGGGAUAGUAGGGCUCGGAGGUGGAGCACUUUCAAUUGUUAAUCAAUUGAAAAAUUCUAUUGGUGGGAAAUUCUCAUACUGUUUGACUCAAAUUGAUGAGCCCAAUGUUCCAAGCAAGAUAAGUUUUGGCUCCGAUGCAUUGGUUUCAGGACCAAAUGUUGUGUCCACUCCCUUGAUAAAGAAGUCUUCAGACACUUUUUACUACCUAAAUUUGGAGGGAGUUAGUGUUGGAACCACUAAAUUUUUCUACAAACCCCUAAAAAAUUUCGACUCGAUCUCUGUCGACGCAUCUUCCGAUGAUCAAGGUAACAUCAUUAUUGAUUCCGGUACAACAUUGACUUUCCUCCCACAACAAAUUUACGAGCAAUUGGAAGCAGCCCUUGUAAAAGCUAUCAAGGGGAAACGUGUGACGAACCCACAAGGGUUGUUAAACUUGUGCUACCACGUCACCGGGGAAAAAUUCGAUCCACCAACAAUUGUUGCUCAUUUUACUGGUGCUGAUGUAGAGUUGCCACCAACAAGUACAUUUCUUGAAGUUGGGGAAGGAAUGGUUUGCUUGACGUUGGUGCCUUCCGAGGAUUUGACCAUAUAUGGGAACCUAAGUCAAAUGAAUUAUCUGGUAGGAUAUGACCUUGUGAAUAACAAGGUUAGUUUCAAGCCAACCGAUUGUUCCAAGGCCACUUGA